UAUAUAUAUAUAAAUUAGUGUGGCUUAAAAAGCAGAUAAAUCAUAGGAGUUAUUAAAAGAAGCUAAGCUGCAAUGUUGGUGUAAUGGGAAUACUUGUUUCAAAAAUAUGGAGCAUGCUGUUUGCAGAUAAAGAACAUAAAGUGAUCAUUGUUGGACUAGAUAAUGCAGGAAAAACAACAAUUUUAUAUCAAUUUUUAAUGAAUGAAGUUGUGCAAACAUCUCCUACUAUUGGAAGUAAUGUUGAAGAGGUGAAAUGGAAAAAUACGCAAUUUUGCAUGUGGGAUAUCGGAGGACAAGAGUCUUUGAGAAAAGACUGGUCAACAUACUAUGCUACUGCAGAAUUUCUUAUAUUUGUAAUUGACAGCACAGAUCGUGAAAGGUUGCACAUUACAAAAUCAGAAUUAUAUAAUAUGUUGUCUCAUGAGGAAUUAAGACAUGCCAGUUUGCUCAUAUUUGCAAAUAAGCAAGACGUUAAGGGUUCUAUGUCUGCUGCUGAAUUGUCUGAGCAGUUAAAUUUAACAUCUAUACGUGAUCAUGGUUGGCAUCUGCAGGCAUGUUGUGCACUUUCUGGAGAAGGUCUUUAUCAAGGUAUUGAAUGGCUGGCACAGAGGACAAAAAAAUCAUAGAACAUUAUUAGUUUUAUAGUUUAUUUUAUAUAUAUAUAUAUAUACAUAUUUUUUUUGGGCGGAGCGGCGUGCUUUUUUGCGUUUUAUUUCGUUGACAUCAAUUACACUUUUUUAUUAUCAUAACAUAAAAAAUAAAUAAAAUAGUAAAGUUUUAAAAUUAUAGAAUUUAUGCAAAUUAAACGUUUGUGUUUUUCUUAUAUGAUCAAGGCGAAGGGCGUAUUUUUUUAUUACUUUCAUCUGUUGUAACAAGGUUGUUCGACAAAAAGUAUAUGAAUGAUACAUACAA